CAAUCCCUCCCUCCCCCGCGCCGCUCGCGCGUCUCCGUGCCCGCCGGCCACGCCGGCGAAACCCGCCGCGCUGCGCGAGCCACUUAUUCCCCUCCUCUCCUCCCUCUUCUUCUGUUCCUCUCCUGUCGGGGAAAAAGGGGCAGCGCCCUGGUCGGCUACUCCGGCCACGGGCACCGGCGGCGAGGGCCACCGCGCCGCGCCGCGCUGUGCUCUCCUUUUCCCUUCCCCCUUCUCUCACCCAUCCACUACAGCCUCCUUCGUGCAGAGAUAGAGAGACGCGAGAGGCCCGGCGCCAUCAGACGCAGCGCCCCCGCUGAUCCCUUUGCCGGCGUGCGCGAGCACCACGAGGGUGAACGCGCCGCCGUCAAACGGCUUCGUGGUGGUGCCCUUUGCCCCGUCUGGGGUAGUUCUUUGUCCCCGCACCUCGGCUUGCCGAUGCGUGUGGGGAUCGAGAGGAACAGGCGCGGCCUUGCGGCGACGCACUUUGCCGGCGAGGCCCGAGGCCCUUCUCCGGUGAAACUUUGCCCUAUCUAGGGUUCUUGGGGGAGGGGAUUUCUUUAUGUGAUUUCGUUUCAACCGAAAAAGUCUAACCCGAUUUGGCUGAUACCAUUGAUAGAUUGCUUUGGAUCAGAUAGGUUAGAUUCUCCGAUAGACCUACCUUCUGCAUGUCCAGACGAGCUCGAUCCAACGCCGACCAUGUUGAUGUGGUGACGGCGGUGUCGUGGACAGAGAGUGGAUGACAACGGUGGUGGAGCUUCCCAUGAGCACCGCGCUAACCCUAGAUCGGUAGGGAAUAUCGAUGGGGUUUGUGGCAGCGGUGAACCUCGUGACUCGUGCCCCGGACCCCACCUCUGUUAAUAUAGCGCGGGUCUGAGGGGGCCACCAACCAUGGUUUGGUUGGGCGCCCCCGAUCAGGACGCGAUGCAAGGGUCCGUUCGACCCGUUGGGUUCGAACGGGGAAGAGAUCAACCUAACAACUUCAUCAUAAGGCGCCGAGUACAUGUCUGCAUAUCUGCAUGUUGCAAGCCAAUUGGUAAACUGGCUACACAAAGAAGCGCUGGUCCUCGGCUCAACGAGUGGCUGAUCAGCGGCAGGUGCGUGUGGGAGAGAUACAGAUGACCUCAGUUUUUUUUUUUUUAGGGAAAGAUGGCCUCAGAAUGUUUAUCAGUUUGUGAAGAACCAGGAGUCGAACCUGUUUGGAUCAUCACAGGUAGUUCAAUCCUGAGAUCGGUAUCUUCUGCAACAAAGACUAUCUUCUGUCAUGGACUCUUCUUGAGGCUAUGGCUGGUGAGGUUUGGUUGGGCUGUGGGCUGGCUGUGGUGGGAGACCACUGUAAUUUGAGUGAAUCGUUUGUUUGAGUGCUACUUUGACGUAUCAUACCACGAAUGGUAUAGAGGCUGAUUAGUACAGUAGCGCAUGUGCGCAGCCCACUGUUGCAGUUUUAUAUUGGCAUAGAGAAGAGAAGAAAACAAUUAGUGAGCCAAUCAUCCUCUAUCAAGGACGAUGGAUCAAGAUAGCUGCUGACCACACCGGCCGGCACCAGUGAAGUGAUUGCCUCGCCAUUCUCAUGCAUGAUCAUCAUCAUAUAUGGCUGGCUAAUGCGCACAAUCGAACUCAAAUGCACACCGGACCAUGAGGGCCCUUCUUCACAUGUGCAAUCCCCAUGUCCAUGUGAGCAGCAGCAGAUGCUUCGUCCCCGUCGUGUCCCUCAUGCUCCUCGCUGCUCUUCUCGCGGCUUCCAACCUGCUGUGCACCACCUUCCCACACCCAUGGCGCGUGUUUUCUUCUCACCUUCACACAGGAUCACGACCUGGCGAGGGCGGGGGCUGCGACAUCUUCAGGGGCGACUGGGUGCCCGACCCGGACGCGCCCUACUACACCAACGACACCUGCUCGGUCAUCCACGAGCACUACGACUGCAUGAGGUUCGGCAAGCCCGACCUCGGCUUCGUCAACUGGCGGUGGCGCCCCGACGGCGACGGCUGCGACCUGCCCCGCUUCGACCCGGCCCGCUUCCUCGCCCUGAUGAGGGGCAAGACCAUCGCCUUCGUCGGGGACUCCCUCGCCAGGAACCACAAGGACUCCCUCAUCUGCCUCCUCACCAGAGUCGCGGAGCCUACGACGAGCUGGCCGAGCAGCAAGCACACGGUGUACCACUACGGCGAGUACAACUUCACCGUGGCCAGCUUCUGGGCGCCGUACCUGGUCCGGCACGAGCAGAUCGACGACGACGGGCCGGCGCACACGGGCCUCUGGAACCUCCACCUCGACGAGGCGGAGGACGUGUGGGCGGCGCGCAUCCCGGAGCUCGACUACGUCGUCGUGUCGGCGUCGAGCUGGUUCUACCGCCCGUCCAUGCUGUACGAGGCCGGCCGGCUCGUCGGCUGCCACUACUGCCAGCUGCCCAACGUCACGGACCUCACGCCGCGGUACGCGCUGCGCAUGGCCACGCGGGCCGCGCUGGGGGCGCUGUCCGGCGCCGACGGCCGGUUCCGCGGCACUGCGCUGCUGCGCACCGUGGACCCAUCGCAGUACGAGGGCGGGCAGUGGAACAGCGAGAACGGUAACUGCGUGCGGACGGCGCCGUCCCGGCGCGGCGAGAAGAGGGUCGAGGGCUUCGAGCGCGACUUCCGCGAGCUGCAGCUGGAGGAAUUCGCGGCGGCGGCGGAGAGGGCAGCGGCGGGCGUCAAGGUGAAGAUGAUGCUGAUGGACACGACGGAGGCGAUGAUACUGCGCGCGGACGCGCACCCCAGCAAGUACCGCGGCUGGACGCCGGAGAAGCACUUCACCCUGUAUAACGACUGCGUGCACUGGUGCCUGCCGGGGGCCAUCGACACCUGGAACGAUAUGCUGCUCCAUAUGCUCAACUCUACUGCAUAAAAUAACAUGAGUGAUCGAUCGAUAAUAAAUAUAUAGUGUACUUCAGUUGGAUUAUAAAUCAGCAAGCAAUAUAUAGCAAAUACUGCCCUGCUAUAUGUAGAACCCAUUUGACUAUCGAAACAAAAUGUAAAACCCAUUUGUACAGCUACUUGUAAAAUGGCUGCCGUAUGUCAAGAGUGCAUCAGUGUGUGUGAGAGAGCCGAGUACUCGUUGAUGAUG